ACUGCACCAUGGUACGAUGCCGCUAUGGUCCUCGGGCACUCACCAUACUACUCACUACACGUCUUCAACUGCAACACCUCUACUUCAAGUUGAGUUAAUCUCUCUUCACUUCUCUCCGCCAUCCACCGCCAGUACUUCCCGCCAAAUCACCCCUCAAAUCACUCCUACUAUUACUAGUAAUCAGGCUCAAUUGUCUCCAUCCGUUUCCGGCUCCGAGCCACUCUCCUCUCUCUCUCUGGCUUUCAUCAGUCACCCUUCCGCAAUCCUUGACCUCGCUUCCACCGCCAUACUUGGCCUCAGUCUGAUUUUUCCGUCCACGUUGUGCGAUCGCCCGCCGUCGGCCCAAUACCAUGCUACAAGCUGUAACCGAUUGGCUUCGACCAAUGCUAUCUGGCUGGUGUUGAACGAUCAUCUUCUGGUCGGUCAGGUUACCUCCACCAUCUCCAGCCGACCAGUCAUAAGCGGUCAUCGUCACCCGCCCGCCACCAACCCGAGACCGGGGUGACGAGCUUACAUUGUACUGGCCCAGCACCCCAGACGUGGGAUACCGCCCUACCGCUCUCGUCAAAUAAAUCACGUUCGAUUUCCUACCACAGUGUGUAUACGACGUUCAAUUCAGCUUGCUUUCUGCGCAGAUCUUGCCGUCUCGAGCCUGCGUUGUGGGAAGCUCCAUCUGCCGCGCGGUGAUAAUCAUCCGUUGCAGCUCGCUUGUGCUGGCGAGCACGGGCAACAAGAUUAUCUAUCCACUUGUCCGUAAUACCAAAAAGAACAAGAACACGUCGAGCAGCUGAAUAAAGCUGCCUUGUCUCGUUUCCUUCUACGGUCUCAAGGCCCUGAAAGCAUGAAAAUCAACUCAACUAACAAUCACUUAGCCUUCAAAGUCUGGAAACCCUGCAGCGGACGACAUUGAACUCAUUGAGCUUUUCAUUAUCAUCGGGCGAUGACCUUUGGCUCAUACUCAUAUUCACGUCCACUUUACAGUCAUUACAGUCCAUACCCGCCUCGCCAACUUCAGUACUGGAGAAACUCGAGACGACACCCGCACUAUCCUCCUCCCUACGACCAUCUGCCAACUCCUACGAACAUUAGUUUCUGUCAUCAAAGUUAUUUCACCCCUCCGGCCACCAACCAGUCAACUUCCACCAUGGCGACUCCGGAUGCUGACGAAAUGGAACGGUUCCAGCGAUUAUCAGACCAGUAUCAAGCAGAGCUUCCUGGACCAUUGAUCGGAGAAAAGAAACCGCUUUCCGAACUGGUCAAGGAGUAUGCUCAAGCCGACCCUGCAUAUGUCGCCAAGACUACGGCUCUGGCUGUCAGUCAUUCCUCAUAUCGUCCUAUCAAAGGCGAUGGGCAAUGUGGAUGGCGCGGUGCGGUCUUUGGUUAUUUCGAAAUCCUCCUCAAUUCGCGCGACGUGGGCCUCCUGGAUCAGGAGUUGGUCCGUUUACAAAGUUUUGAGCAGACAAUGCGAGCGGUGGGCGUUGACUACGACAUCAUGGUCGAUAUGUUUGAGUACACAUGGGAUCUUUUUGCCGCAAUCAAGGCCGCAAUCGAGCGAGGCGACAAGGACGACCGCGUCCUCUUGGAUGUCAUGAAUGACAGCGGCCAAUCCGAUUCGAUUGUCUAUCACUUCAAGAUGAUGACAAGCUCGUUUAUGCGGGUUCAAUCCGAACGCUACGAAGCUUUUCUCGAGAUGCCAGUUCCCCAAUACUGCCUGACCAGAAUCGACCCGGCAAAUCAAGAAAUUGACCAUAUCGGCCUGCAAGCUUUGACUGAUGCGGUCAUUGCUCCGGCGUACAUCGCUCUGGAGGUUUCGUACCUGGACCGGAGUACUGGCAAUGAGGUUACACCACAUCAGUUUGUUCUGAAUUCGCAAAACUGGCCCACCAUCCGCUUGAUCUAUCGCCCUGGUCAUUACGACAUCAUCUACAAAGACGACAAUAAGCCCCUGCAGGUGUUCGUACAAACCGACGCCCCUCAAUACGUUGCACCACUUGGCAAUGAACUUUUCAAGGGCGAUGCAGAGGCAGUGGACCUGUAUAUGACCAUGUUUCCCAACAUGUCUUCUCAAAUUCAGGCAGACCCUCAAGUCGAUCCACAGGUUGGUUCUGCAAGUGGUGCAUUCGGCUUGCAAUACCAGCGCCCUGACUUGCAGUUGUUCACAAAUCCAAUCGCCACGCAACAAUCAUAUUUUCCACCUGUUUCCCAGGGUGUCCCCCUAGGGCAAGCAUCAUUGUCAACCACGGGCAGAUCGCAUUCGAUGAGCCAAGCGCACCAACCUCCAAUGACGCCGUCACAGCCGCAGCUGUCGCCCACGGCAAUAUCCCCUCAAUCUCCUUCAUCGAACACCCCUAGCUCUAGUACUACAGGUGGGGCAACCCUACCUCAUCGAAGCUCAGAGCCUCAGAUCAGGUACAAUGAGAUGUGUCAUAUCUACAACAGCGAACGGCACGAAAGCCUCCCUCUGGAUCCAGGCUCGUUCGGAAGCUAACAGGUGGGUUUCAGUUCCACACAGAGUCCCGCCAAUUUCCUGAACCCUGACUUUCAGCCUCUGAUAUGGAAGGCGGAAGAACAGUACCACAAACGCGAAUGAUGGCGAGAUAGAGCCAAACAAGAUCAAAUAAGCACGACAAAACGCGAGAACGUUCUGUUCUGGAACUGGAUGCACUGCAAGUUGAUGCCAAUGACAGCCUGCCGGCGUUGCACCAGGCACAAGCGGUGGUAGACAUUGGCCAUGCCUCUUAGGGAGUCCUGGCAAUUCUGGGCGCGGGUGCGCUGGCCUGCUGGCCACUGGCAUCGCCAUUCCUCAGUCUUGUGUGAGCUCCCCGAAGGAAAUUGGAUGCACCGACUUGCUGCAUACUAAGCCGAAUUACGUGACCACGAUGAGGCAAGCGCUUCACAUGAAAUGAACCAGUCAUUACCGAACCAUGGGAUGGAUUUUCCUUGCACUACUUCCAACAAGUGGCCCCGGUGCUGUAAUGGACAUGAUAGAGUUAAGGCAGGGGUGUGGCAGACAAAAGGGGUUUCUUCAAUUCAUAGCCUGGAGUCACGAAUGAACAAUUACUGUCAAAUUAAUGAAAGUUUACUCAUGACUAUUGAGUAUAUUAAUCUCUCUCGCUGCAUUGCUGAUAUACCACCGUGUGCAAUGGGAGAAUGUAAUAAGUGACCAUCCG